AUGGUCUCCGUAUUUUGGGACGUGCAUGGUAUUCUGUCCAUGAACUACCUUGAAAAAGAUGAAACUAUUAAUAGCGAAUAUUACACGCCAUUAUUGGAUCAACUGAGCGAGGAAAUCAAGGAAAAAUGGCCUCACGUUCGAAGAAAAAAAGUUCUGUUUCACCAAGACAGUGCCCCUUGUCCCAAAUCGGAGAAAACAAUAGUUAAACUUAAUGAAUUACACUUUGAAUUACUUCCCUACCCACCAUACUCUCCAGAUCUGUCCCAUAGAGACUACUGGCACUUUGCAGAUGCUAAAAAGGUGCGCCAGGAAAAGAAAUUUGGGAGAAAUGAAGAAGUUGUUUUUGAAAAUGAGGCUUAUUUUGAGAGCAAAGACAAAUCGUUCUUCAAAAAUGACAUCGAAAAGUUAGACGAGCGUUGA